AUGGAGAAGAAGAAAGGUGGCAAGAACAAGAACGAAAAGGCCGAGAAGCCCAAGAAGGCCACGGAGGUGAAGACGGCGACGACAGAAGCGCCGGCGAAUCCCAACAAGAAGAGGAAAUGGGCGGACAUUCAGCGGGAGCGAGUUCAGGCCAAGGCCUUGGCUGCCGCCAAUGCCCUGGCCUCCUCGGCCACACAAACGGAAGCGGCCAACAGCAAAAAGGAGGAGAAGAAAGAGAAGAAGAAGGAGAAGAAGGAGGACAGCGCCACUCCGUCAUCUUCUGCCGCCGCCACUCCGGAGGAGGCGAGCAAAUCACCGGCUGGUGGCGAUGAGAAAAAUCAGAAAAAGAAGAAGAAGAGGAAGAGGAAGAAGCAAAAGAAGCAGCCCACCAAAACGGGGCCAGAUGGCGAGGUCAUUCAGAAGGAGACCAAGGAUGAGGCGAGCUUGACGUACUUGAAACUGUGGGACACCGAUCGAUCGCAGUGGAAGUUCCGCAAGCUCCUCCAAACCCACCUCCUCACCAUCGCCUAUGACGAAUCCAAGGUGUCGAGGGAGUACUGGGCCAUGUUCGUCCGCUACAUCCUCGCCGUGCAGGGCAAAGCGCGACAGCAAACGUUGGAGGGCGCCAAGCGGAUCGUGGCCGAGGGCGUACGCGUGACCGAAAACGAAGAGGAAGCCAAGCUGGCCACGACGCGACGCAAUCGCGCCAAGACGCUGAUCAAGGCCAUGACGUCAGCCAGACCAGAAUAA